AUGGCUUCAGAAACUACGUUGAAUUCUGAAUUUUCUCAAACUUCACUUGGAACACUCAAUUCCUCCGAUCCUCUGUAUCAGCAUCCUUCUGAAAAUGCAGGAUCGACUUUAUUUCCCGUGGUUUUUUAUGGUACUGGUUACAGAUCCUGGAGAAGAGAGAUCCUUAGAGCAUUAUUUGUCAAGAACAAGCUCGACUUCAUCAAUGGCAAGUCCAAACGACCAACUGAAGAUUCACCUACUUUUGGUCAGUGGGAAAGAUGUGACAACAUGGUGACCUCAUGGCUCUUAAAUUCACUCUCACGCGAUUUAGCAGACAGCCUACAAUACAUCAAUGAUGCUCGAGAACUUUGGAAGGAGCUAGAGGACAGGCAUGACCAAACAAAUGAUGCAAAAUUAUACCAGCUGCAGAAGGAAAUUAACGAUAUAUCCCAAGGAAAUCUGGACAUUACACGUUACUACACAAGGAUAAAAAGGUUAUGGGAGGAGUUGAGCACUCUCAAUACCACUGCUACUUGCAAUUGUAAGUGCACAUGUGGUGCUAAGGCUGCAAUGCACAAGGCGGAGCAGGACAGAAGGUUAAUUCAGUUUCUUAUGGGCCUAAAUAAAGUUUACACUGCAGUGCGAGGUAAUAUUAUGAUGAUAAAUCCAUUACCAAACAUAGCUCAAUGUUUUUCUAUUCUCAUUCAAGAGGAGAAGCAACCAGAGGUCAAGCCUCAUAAUCAGUUGGAUUUAGCAUCCACUUUACUGAAUAUACACGGAGUAGCAAAUACAACAUUUAGAACAAAUUAUCAAGGAAAGCAAAGCUUAAAUCAGUUCAAUAGGCAAAGAAACAGUCAUUACAACAAACAGUCCCUCAAUCAUUACAACAGACAAGGUGAAGCAUCUUCUGGCAGAAACCAAUUUAAUGGUGGAAACUCCAAUGGUCCUGGUGUUUAUAGAGCAGGAUUUUCACCAUAG